AACAUCAGUGUAUCAUCAUUCAUCACACCAACCUAGGAAUAAUUCUAGAAGGACCACUUUUUGAGAAGAAGAAGAAGAGCUCUAAAAUCGAUCAACAAUGGCUGAGGAUUCAUCAUCAUCCCAGUCCUUCCUGAGGAGGCAUUGGGAAGGAUACAAGGAGUUUUGGGGCGAGAGAUUUUCCUUUUUGGACAACUAUUCAAGGUUCAUCAAGCGCGACAAGCCACUCCCUUCUUGGUCUGAUUCUGAUGUCGAGGAAUUCAUUGCUUCUGACCCACUUCACGGACCCACUCUGAGGACUGCUAGGGAAGCAGCAAAGAUUAGUGCUGUAGGAGGCAUUAUUGGAGCUGUUUCAACUGCAGGUGUUACUUGGAAGUAUUCCAGGAGUUUGCAUGGUACUGCACUGUCUCUUGGAGCUGGCGCUGUCUUUGGCUGGACAUUUGGACAGGAAGUUGCUAACCACUGGCUGCAGCUAUACAGGCUUGACACCAUGGCUGCCCAGGUUAAAUUCAUGGAAUGGUGGCAGAACAAGGUUGAAGGACAGUAAUUCUCGUAUCUUAUCCCCGGUUGAAGGACAGUUUGAAGUUUGGUUUUGGUGUUAAAUGUCAAUGAACUUCUUUCAGGAAUAAGAAUCAAUCAGAGUGUUCAAAUUGUAACCAGUGACACUACGGGAUUGACUGAUUAUCUUUCCGUACUGAAUUGUUAUAGUAGAAAUGUAGAUUCUGGCAGUUUUCCUUAAAGAACAGAUCAAUGUGUGUACGAAGUUGGAAUUCAUUUCUCUCCUAUUCCAAAUCUAAACAUCUGAACAACCGUUAUUAAACUA